GAGUGCGGAUUAUAUUAAUGGGCACAAAUGUGACGUUCGUUUCAUGAUAACAUUAGGAGUUGAUGUGGAAGAAUGGGAGUUUUCCGUCAAGGUUACAGCAACAAAAACGAUUGGUGAUCGAUGUCGUUCGGCAAGAAUAAACCAAUCUAUAUUGAAUGGUUUAUUAGAAUACAAUCUCGAUGACAAUCAAGUCAAGGAUAUCUGA